AUGUUUGGUUCAACGGGAUUUGCACCUCCCCAAGCCGUAGCAUUGCUGGUCGUCUACUGCCUCAUCUACGUAAUCCCUCUUUAUUUUUCAGCAGCAACCAGGCCUUCGCCUACACGCUCUAGAGAUGCUCCAGAGGCUAUUCGCGCACGCAUCUUUGCUGUGUCGCUCUCAACGGCUCUUUGUUCUCUCAUAACACUGUACCUGCUCUCAUCUCAUGGCGCUGUGGCAGUUCGCGAGCCAUUGCAUUUUAUGGGCUACUGGCCUCCUGGGCUCAUCGAUGCUGCUCGUGCUCUGUGGCUCACGGUCUUGCUGUUCGCAGGCCCCCUGUAUGAGUCUCUCGUCAUUGACGGGACUGCUCAUCAAUGGCUUCGCCUCGAGCCUCUGAGAGAUCUCUGGACUGACUGGCCCACCUGGAGAAACAUGGUAGCGGGACCCAUCACCGAGGAAUGUCUUUUCCGUUCCGCUGGUGUUCCCUUGCUUUUGCGUUCUGGAGCUAGUCUCACUGGCACCAUUUUCAUGUCGCCGCUCAUCUUUGGUCUGGCUCACCUUCAUCACUUUUACGAGUUUCGCAUCACGCACCCUCGAACUCCAUUGCCCGUCGCUAUCGCACGGUCUCUUCUCCAGCUCUCGUAUACUUCGCUAUUUGGAGCGUACGCUACCUUCUUGUUCCUACGAACUGGCAGCCUGUUGGCGGUCGUACUCGUGCACACUUUCUGCAAUGGCAUGGGUCUUCCACGUCUUUGGGGCCAGCUCGACCCGUACUGGCUACCAGAGGGUGAUCCUGCGGCCGCCUCGUCUAGGAAGAUCUGGACUGGGGUUUAUUACGUACUCCUUGUAGGCGGUUUGAUUGCUUGGUGGCAGAACUUGUACUCGUUGACCGAGACACCCAUGGCUUUGGCAGAGUUCUAA